AUGAUUACGUCGUUACAUCUAAAUGACCAAGAUAAUGUAGAGUCUCUUUACUCAGAACAGAGUUCUGCAGAUGAAGAUACUGCAUUUGCCCUACAAGAUUCUUUCUCAAAUGACUCUAGCUGUGAUACAAAUGACUAUAGUCAAGAGGAAGAACCAAUUCCUAUCUUCGCUGUCGAACAAUCCGACAGUAUGACAACUAUUGUUCCUUCACACCCCAAUGUGGAAAUUGAAAUUCUACCAUCUAAGUAUGAGAAGCCUAUCAAAGUCAUAGGUUUCCUUGAUACAGGUGCCUCGAAGACUAUGAUGAAUCCAGAAAUCUUGCCACCUCAUUUCUGGAGGAAGGAAGAUACCUUCUUCAUAGCAGCUGACGGAAAGACCUUCAGAACAGAAGUCAUUUCACGAGCACCAAUAGGCAUUCGUCUCUUCAAAGACUGCAUAAUUUUGUCUAAAUUCGUUGGAACUCAGUUGCCUAACAAAGAUAUCUUAAUUGGAAUGGAUGUCUUCACUCAAGCACACAGGUUACUCAUUCAUCCAAGUGGACUCAGAUUCAAAGGAGAAUUUAAGCCUUUCGUGCCAACCAGUAAGCUAUAUUCCCUUUCUGAAGCUCCACCAGAAUUGGAAGAAAUCAAGAUACAAUUGAGGUCUUUAUGUUCUGAUAAUCAUAAAGAUUUCACUCAUCCAAAACCACUUUGGAAGAAUCCUGAUUUCUUUAUACAAUUGCCAUUCAAGCUAAAUGAGGACAUAAAUCCCACAAAAGCAUCCCAUCCAGGCAUGUCUCCAUCUGAUCUUAAGCUUGCCAAACAAGAAUGUCAAGAACUGCUCAGACAAGGUCUCAUUGAACAUACGACAUCAAAUUGGGCGUGCCCAGAUUUCUACGUAGAAAAAAGAUCAGAAAGACUCAGAGGAAAGAAAAGAUUAGUCGUUGACUACAAGCCUCUCAACCAUUUCUUGAAAGAUGACAAGUUUCCACUACCCAAGGCAUCCACCCUGCCUAUCUUGCUAAAAGAAUCAAAAAUAUUCUCUAAAUUUGAUCUCAAAUCCGGAUUCUGGCAGUUAGGAGUUGAUCCCAGUGAAAGGCACAAGAUAGCUUUCUGCAUACCCAAUGCACAGUAUCAAUGGACUGUCCUACCUUUCGGCUUGAAGGUAGCACCAUCACUAUUCCAGAAAGCAAUAACAAAGAUACUUGAACCGCUCUUAGAUAAUGCUAUCAUCUACAUAGAUGAUAUUAUCUUAUUCUCCAAAGACAUGGAGAGUCACAAAAAGCUUUUUAAGCCAAUUCCUGGAAAGAGCAAACUUGUAUGGUAUCAUGUUUUCAGAAAAGAAGAUACAGUUAGCCCAACAGGAAAUUGA